AUGAUGAAGCCUCCAUUGAAUGAGAUUCUACCUGCAGCGAAGUCGACAGUUUCAACCGUUUACGACCACUCCAAUGAUCCAUGGUUCAAGGAAAGGUUCAGCGUGGUGGAGUCCGAGAAGUCGGUUGUCCUGAAAGGUAAGGUUGUGCCUCGUUAUUUGCAGCGUGAAGGUUUUGUGCCCAGGAAAGUUGAUGACUUCGGGGAUGGGGGCGCUUUCCCUGAGAUUCACAUUGCUCAGUAUCCUCUUGAUAUGGGCAGAAAUAGAUCUGCAAAACCCGGGUCAAAAAUUCUACCAGUCACUGUUGAUGCUCAUGGCAAUGUUGCUUAUGAUGCCAUUGUCAGACAAGACGAGAAUUCAAAGAAGAUUGUUUAUUCACAGCACAAGGAUAUCGUCCCGAAGAUUUUGAAGAAUGUAGAGGAAGAAGAUGAUAUGGACGAGGAUGAGGAGUUGCAGAAAGAAAUUGAGCAGACUACUCAAGAAACCAAAGCCGCCCUAGAAAAAAUAGUGAAUGUGAGGUUGAGUGCAGCACAGCCCAAGAAUGUUCCCCAACACAAUUCGGAGUCCAAGUACAUAAAGUAUAAACCGUCCCAACAAUCUGCAGCUUUCAAUUCGGGUGCAAAUGAAAGGAUUAUCAGAAUGGUGGAGAUGCCCGUCGACCCACUCGAGCCACCAAAGUUCAAGCACAAGAGGGUCCCAAGGGCUUCUGGAUCUCCACCUGUUCCAGUAAUGCAUUCCCCUCCUAGGCCCGUGACAGUCAAAGAUCAGCAGGACUGGAAAAUUCCUCCUUGCAUCUCGAAUUGGAAGAAUCCCAAGGGUUAUACGAUACCCCUUGACAAGCGUCUUGCUGCUGAUGGGAGAGGCCUGCAGGAUGUGCAGAUCAACGAUAAUUUCGCCAAGCUAUCUGAGGCACUCUAUGUUGCAGAGCAGAAAGCAAGAGAAGCAGUUGCAAUGAGAUCGAAGGUUCAGAAAGAAAUGAUGAUGAAAGAGAAAGAAAGGAAAGAGCAGGAACUCCGGGCUUUAGCUCAGAAGGCUAGAGCUGAGAGAACUGGCACUGUGGUAGCCCCCCCACCUUCUUCAAUGGCAACCCCUAUGGAUGACAUGGAUACCAGGGGGGAUUAUGAUACAGUGAGAGAGAGGCAAAAGGAUGCACCACCUAAGGAGUCAAGAGAGGAGAGGGAAGAACGCCUGAAACGGGACAAGAUCCGAGAAGAAAGGAAAAGGGAAAGAGAGAGGGAGAGAAGGCUCGAGGCCAAAGAUGCUGCCAUGGGGAAGAAGAGCAAGAUCACGAGAGAUAGGGACCGUGAUAUCAGUGAGAAGAUUGCCCUUGGCGGGGCUAAUGUCGGAAAUGGAAAAGGCGGGGGAGAAGUUAUGUAUGAUCAGAGGCUGUUCAACCAGGAGAAGGGAAUGGAUUCUGGGUUUGCCACGGAUGAUCAAUACAAUGUGUAUGAUAAAGGUUUGUUCACCGCUCAGCCGACGCUCUCAACCUUGUACAAGCCGAAGAAGGAUGUGGAUGGUGAGAUGUAUGGAGGUGCAGAUGAGCAGAUGGAUAAGAUCAUGAAGACAGAGAGGUUCAAACCGGACAAGGCGUUUACUGGUACAUCGGAGAGGGCUGGCCCCAGAGACAGGCCAGUGGAAUUUGACAGGGAAGUGGAGGAGGCUGAUCCGUUUGGUCUGGAUCAGUUCUUGACUGAAGUGAAGAAGGGGAAGAAAGCUAUGGAUAAGGUUGGUGGUGGUGGGACAAUGAGAGCUAGUGGUGGGUCUUCAACCCGCGAUGGUUAUGAUGGUGGUUCUGGUAGAUCCCGCAUUGGUUUCGAGAAGGGGAAGUAA